AUGAGACUUUCCUACCGUGUCGGGUUAGCCGCCCUCCUAAUCCUCGCCUUCGUCCUGAUCAAGCGCCAUCUAGAUUCCCUUCAGGAUGGUUCGCACGUACCGUCCUCCUGGCAGUUCAGCAACGUGGUAUGGGGCGGCGCUGCGGAGCCUGUCGCUACUCCCGCCAGCAAACCUGAAAAAGAAAAACCUCAGACACCGGCCCCGGCAGUAGAGCAAUCUCUUCCAAUCAAACAAACCUACGAGAUCACUCCUAUUAUCGUUCCCAAUGACCGUGUGAUCGUGAUGGCCAGAUUGAGCCGGGAGGAUACGUCAUGGGUGAGCACUGAUUUGAAUGAAUGGCGCAAUUUCAUCUACACCGUUGAUGACGUGAACGCGGCUCGACACACCCCGAAGAACAAAGGCCGCGAGAGUCUUGCCUACCUUCAAUACAUUGUCGAUCAUUACCAUGAUCUUCCGUCCACAAUGGUCUUCCUCCACAGCCACAAAGACGGCUGGGAGGCGGGUUGGCACACGGAUACGCUGGAUUAUAGCAAUGUGGAAUCGGUUCGAACACUCCAGACCGAAUAUGUCCAGAAGAGCGGCUUCGUCAACCUUCGCUGUCAGGGAAAUCCCGGCUGUCCCGACGAAAUCCGUCCGUUAGACGAUCCGCCUCGGCCAGGAAAGGAGAACAGUAGAGUCUAUGCCCGGGCGUGGGAGGAGUUGCACAACAACACCAACAUACCCGAAGUUGUUGGCGCACCGUGCUGCUCGCAAUUCGCUGUGUCCAAAGCGCAAGUCUUGAAGCGCCCUCUCAGUGAUUAUCAACGGUACUACAAUUGGGUUCUCACGAACAACUUGCCGGACGAGCUCACUGCCUGGAUCAUGGAAUAUUCCUGGCACAUCAUAUUUGGAAAGGAUCCAGUGUUCUGUCCAGAUAUUUACCAGUGCUACCAGAAUGUUUAUGGGAAUCCAUAUUCCUGGUAG